UCGGCCUUUCGUAAUUCGUAGAUGGCGCACAAACAAAUAUCAGCUGUUUUAUAAUAACCUCAAAACAAUUAAAAUGCUCCGUUUAAUAUUGCGGCAAUUUAGGAAUAUUUCACAUAAUUAUCCACUUGUUCAACUGUCGCCGUCAUGGAGGUGGAUGCAGACAACCAAUACACUUUUCCAUGGUGAAUAUGAAUGGCAAGAUCCCAAAUCAGACGACGAAAUUGUUCGUGUUACGUACAUCGACAAAGAUGGUAAACGCACUGAAGUCAAAGGAAAAGUUGGUGACAAUGUACUUUACUUGGCACAUCGUUAUGGUAUCGAAAUGGAAGGCGCUUGUGAAGCAUCACUGGCCUGCACAACUUGUCAUGUGUAUGUAAUUGGAAAUCAUUACGAUCAACUGGCGGAAGCAGAGGAAAAAGAAGACGACUUAUUGGAUAUGGCGCCAUUCUUACGUGAAAAUUCACGACUUGGUUGUCAAAUAGUAUUAACAAAGGAAUUAGAUGGUUUACAACUGCAGUUGCCAAGCGCAACACGAAACUUCUAUGUGGACGGUCACAAACCCAAGCCACAUUGAUCAACUGAUCGAUUAAAGCAUACUGUUCAAAACUAUGCUUCUUUCUAUGUGAUUACCUGAUAUAUAUAGAGCAUUCAUGCACUGAAUAUCUAAUAUUUAGUUCUUACUUUCACCUAGCAUGAGUAAGACAAAUAAUUAUUGCUAUUCAUAUAUGAAUAUGAAUAAAAAAUAAAUUGUGUAAAUAAUCAUAAACAGAAGAGUGUGCUUUUGUUAUUUUUUUUUUUUAUUCAAAUUAAAGAUUAUCCACUUUACUUAAAUAAGCUAUAUUAUUAAUGCCGUUGCAGAAAUCAAAAUAUUGAUCAAAAACUUGAAUCUUAAAAAUGUAAAUAAAAUAAAGUGUUAAAUAGCCAAAAUAUCAUUUGCAAUGCACAUACAACUAAAGCUUAUAAUAAAACUUUAAUUUACAUCAUUCUUACUCAAGCUACAAAGUGACAAUUGAUAUACUGUGCAUUAAGUAACUUAAAAUAAUACAAAGUCUCACAUAUACAUUUAACUGUGGAAAUUUAAAAAAAUAAAUAUCCAUUCUUAAUGUACACACUCUUAUAA